ACAUUUGCAUAAAACAGAUUUAAAAUAUGAAUGCAUAUAAUGGUAAAAUUUACAGGUGUAGCAUGAAAAGAGAAUUAAAUAAACGUGGACAUAGCAUAGAAGAGAUCCAAAAAGUCAUGCACAUUACCUACGGAAUUCAUAGGUGUCCGGUCGGUGACGCCAUCUGGCGCGAUGUCGGCGCGUCGCCGCCACUGCUGCGGGUCUGACGUGUGCGUGUGCUAAGUUUCGAAAACGGGGCCCGAGAAUUCGAAUGCACGGCGAGCCGAUGGAGGUAAGUGGCCGUCGUUGCCGCGCGUCGUGUCGUGCCGUGUGUGUGUGUAUGUGCGGAUUUGACAGCGCGCUGCCAAGAGAGUUAACCUGAAAAAUGGCCGAAUCGCGCGACUCAGCCACGGUGGUGUCGAGCGCGGCGGCGACCGGCGGCGCCGCGUCUGGACAGCAGCAGCAGCCGGCUCUCGUGGAAUCAGCGGCCCAGGGGAACGAGGACCCGUCCAGCUGUACAGUGGCCGCCGUGGAGGAGAAUACAAAGACUGUUGUGACGAGUGAAGUUGCAGACAAGGAGCAAAUUAAGACGCAGAUUAAUGGCGAUAUCGGUAUGUAUUCUGCAAUUAGAAAAACUCUGGCUAUUCUCGUCAAUCCUCUAGCCGUAAGUUACAUAAUACAUUUAAAUUUACUAUUUAUAACUAUUUGUGUCUUUAUUUUUAAUCGUUUGAAUUAUAAUGAAGACAUUAUAUUCAUAUCACUUUCACGUUUCGCCAUUCCAGUACUGUCUGUAUUCGCCACACCCACGAUUGUCACUUUCACAUGUGCGAUCUUCGAACUUGUAUAUGAUUUGAUACGUAUACAUUUAAGAAAACAUGUGAAACUGACAGUUACCUGAUAAGCGUUUGCUAUUCAUUAUAACUUAACUGCAACACCAUGAUUCAAUUGCCGCAAUGAUCAAGCGCAGGCACAAAUAAGAGAAGAAUUUGAAAUUAAAAGAUUAAAUUACAUAAUUAUAAUCAAUUAUGUACAGAAAUCACAUUGAUUUACGUAGAAAAACGAGAAAUUAUUUUUAAUCUUUAAAUUAAUUAAAAAUAUUUAAGUACAGAAUAAAAAGUAACGCUGGGGUUGCAAAACACAACUUUGGAAAAAUAUAAUAUCCAUGAAAGAAGUAGGUAUUUUUCGUGGCAGGUUUUAACAAUGUGAAGCUUUCAGUGCGAUUUGGAAAUGUUUAUAUGGCGUGUCUAUAAUGGUCUUUGUUUUUAAUGGAAAAUCCACCAUUGAUUUAUGUGUAUUGGCGUAUCAGUAGUUAGCUAGUCCCUAGGGCAGCACAUUCCAGCUAAGCUAGAUGAUCGUAUAGUUAUAGCGUCUCAGGUAUCCAAGAGACUAUCGAUAGUCAGGUAAACGAUUCAAAAGUGGAAUAGGGCAGGACAUAAAGGUAGCGUCAUAUUAGGAGGAUUACAAAAAGGAUUAUGGGAAAACGAGACGAGGUCACAGUUAAAUGUGAAACAUUUAAUAUACAAUAGAAUAAUAAUACCUACAUAGAUAUAUUUACAGGGUAUAUAUUACCGAGAAAAAUCAGAAAAACGUAGAAUUUUGUUUUUUUAUCUUUAAAAGUGAAUUCUUGUGGAUUUUGUGGAUUGGGGAAAAUUGUUGGAAUUUUACUCUAAAAUUUUUUAAUUCUAUCUCUAACAAAAUUGCUUCUAUUUUUAUUUUUUUGUCAAUAAUGAUAAAAUAUACAAAACGUCGAAAAUCGAUUAGCAAUAAAUAUAGCAUAUACAUUCAUGUACGCUUACGUAUACAUUCUCGUGUAACUCGCGAGUUUUUAUUUAAAAAAUCAGCGACAAUAAAAGAUAGUACGUUGUUCUGAAUUGGUAUUGUGUAUUUAAUCACGUGUUAUAUUCAGUUUUUAGUCAGCAACAUGGAACAUAUCGUUAUAUGUUUUAUUUAUUUUAUAUGUUAUUUCUUUUUAAUACUUUCUGAAAAUUCAAAGCAAGUAACUUUUCUAUAUAUUAGAGCAUUAAGAUAUAUAAUAAGAUAUACAUUUAGUUCAAGGCUGCAUUAAAAAUUCUCUAAUCUUCCCUCGAAUUUUGAAUAAAAUUCCUGGAGAACCGGAAAAUUUCAAGGAAUUUUUUAAACAAAAUUUACGUACCCUGUAAUUUAUUUUCUCUGUUUUAUUAAACAAAAUUUUUUAAAAGUGCAAUCUACAAUUACCCGCGCGCACGCACAGGUAAAAUGUCCACCCUCGGUACAUUUCGCACGGCUUAAAUUAGGCGACAAGGACCAGUCUGAUCCGAGUUUUUCACGUAGUCACGAUCGUUAGCGUCUCCGGCUACGAUACGAGGUAUAAAAGCCGACGCGCGCGAGCAACACGUUAAUUGCAGUUGCGAGAGAGAGAGAGAGAGAGAAAAAGUUACGUCGAACGCGGCAUAGAUGCCUCGUCCGUACCGCGCGCGCAGACCAGCUCGGCCCGGCUCGGCUCGACUCGGCUCAGUUCGGCGGCUGCCAGCCGGCUGCUGCUGCCGCCGUCUCUCGCCGCGCCGCGCCGCGGUCCACGGUCCCUCGUUCCGGUGACGCGAGAAGGCGCUCCGGUCGCAUGGCCGUCCUCAGUACUCGCGAGCCUCGCUCGGUGUGUGUUUCGUGGUGUGCUUGUCGUCGCCGUGACUGUCGUUUUCCACACGGGGUUCCUCUUCGGCCGCCCGUCCACACGAUCUCUUCCCCCCCCUCGCAAUUAAUUCCGUUCGCGAAUCCGUCCCGCCGGUUGCGACGGCCGUCUCGUCGCGAUCCUCCGCCGCCGCGAACGAUACCCCUCAUUCUCUCCUUCUCUCACUCUCCUUCUCCGUCGCUCUCACGCGAACGGGAGGAAAAGACGACGGCGGUGGCGGCGGCGGCGGCGGCGUCCGUUGAGUUUGUGUCGCUCUCGGGCGGCGCGUAUUCGUGUGCCAGUGUGAGUGAACGGUGUGCGUUGUGUACAGCACAAGUCGUUGGCGGCGCCUGGGAUCUUCCCCCCUCCUCCCGCGCCAUCUCUCUCCCUCCCUCUCUCUCUCUCUCUCUCGUGACGUUUUCUUCCCAUCCGCGUGACUCCGGCGGCGGUGAAUUUCGUGAUACGGAGUUUGGAGUACUACGCGCCGCUCCCGUGUGUUUACGAUCGUUGCGUCCUCUCACCUAUCGCCGUCUCGCUCUCAUCUCCUCUCACCUGCCUGCCUGCCUGCCUGCCUGGCUGGCUGGCGCGGACAGGUGUCUCGUGGUAGCAAAGCAACGAAGGAGAGAGAGAGAGAGGGAGAGAGAGCGCGCCAACGCCUGGCAUCUCUGUGAUAUAACGCCUCGACGGCCCUUCCCGAAUCCUGCCGAGAAAAAAAACGCAGAAAGCCCUCCACUGCCCGAGUCGUCGUCGUCGACGACGUGCCGGAGAAAAGUGCGUACCCGUAAAACGUAUACGUUAUUUUUCCCCGUGCAACGCGAUCUCUCGCGCGCGCAGUUCGGCGUGUCCAUUCUUUCCGCUCGUUCAUUUCGCGCGGUGCGGUGUACGGGCGCGCGCGCGUGUGCGUGCGUGAGUGAGAGCAACGCGAGGGGCGAGGGAAAACUGUUUACGCCUACGACAACGUUACAACACGCCCUCGCGGGCGACGCGGCCUCUGUCCUUGGAGGUUAGUCAGUCGGUCGUGCGAGCAGUGAAUGGACGCUUCUUCGCGCGACGCGCUCUCCGAAUCCGCCGCCCGGCGUUCGUCGCGCCGCGUUUGGAAAAUCGCUCUGUGAGAGAGAGAAAAAAAAAAAA